AUGGCAAGCAGAGUGCUGUUGGCGCUCGAUGGAGCCGAUACACAAUAUUAUCAUUUCUCCGCAGUAUUUGUUGGUGGGAUGGGUAUCUUCACUGAUGCUUAUGACUUGUUUUGCAUCCCCAUCAUUUCCAAUCUACUGGGUAGGAUCUAUUACAAGGAUGAUAAUCAUGGUCUGUUACCCAAUCGUGUAAAGGGUUUUGUUGAAGGAAUAGCUUUAUUCGGAGCACUGGCAGGUCAACUGUUCUUCGGAUGGCUUGGGGACAGAAUGGGACGAAAGAAGGUCUAUGGAAUCACUCUCACGUUAAUGGUCGUGAGUUCAAUUGCUUCGGGCUUCUCAAUCGGCAACUCCCGCGAGUCUGUACUGACGUGCUUAUGCUUUUUCAGGUUCUGGUUAGGGUUUGGUAUUGGCGGGGACUACCCACUGUCUGCAACAAUCAUGUCCGAAUACGCAAACACCCGGACCAGAGGAGCUUUCAUGGCUGCUGUAUUUGGCAUGCAGGGUCUUGGAAUUGUUGUCGGAAGCACAGUUGAGAUAUUUGUGAGCCUUUCUCUUAUGAAAGCCAACGCACAACCAUCCCAGCUGCAGCAGGACUUUGUGUGGAGGAUAAUCCUAAUGUUCGGAGCAUUCCCUGCGGGCUUAACAUUCUAUAGGAGAAUGAAAAUCCCGGAGACAGCACGAUACACAGCACUGGUGACUAGAAACGGCAGGCAGGCCGUUUUGGAUAUGUCUCGGGUCCUUCAUUUGGAGAUCGAAGAAGAUGAAGAAUGUGUUUCAAGUAUGGAAACCCCACAGCCCAGGUUUGGUUUCUUUUCCAGGGAUUUCAUGAAGUAUCAUGGUGUACAGUUGCUAGGCACGGCAUCCAGUUGGUUUUUCGUGGAUCUUGCAUUCUACAGCAGUAGUUUGUUUCAGAGGGAUAUUAUAUACCGCAGUAAAGGAGGGUUGAUACCGUGCCAUCAAUUGAAUCCAGUGCGUGAAGUCUUUUACAGUGCCAGAGCGCAACUGGUGAUUGUCGCGAUGGGAACUCUGCCGGGGUAUGUAUUCACCAUUUUUCUCAUAGAUCGUAUUGGUCGGCGUAAAAUUCAAUUUAUUGGAUUUUUCUUUAUGUCGGCGUUUCUGUUUACCCUGGCCAUUACCUACAAUCAAUGGGUUAAUAAACUGCAUACAGGUUUUCUAGUAAUUUAUUCCCUGACGUUUUUCUUUGCCAACUUUGGCCCCAAUACAACAACUUUCAUCGUGCCGGCGGAGUUAUUUCCUGCUCGACUGCGAUCAACGUGCCAUGGAAUUUCUGCUGCAGCUGGGAAAGCGGGCGCCAUAAUUGGAAUUAUAGCCUUCUUAGCAAAAGAACCUCAGAAUAAUUGCACACAGAGUGAUCAUGAAGGGCUUCGUGUGCCCUUGAUUAUUCUUGCACUGGCUGGCUGCUUGGGUUUCUUUUGCACCUUUUUAAUACCAGAAACUAUGCGCAGGUCUCUGGAAGAAAAUGAAAUAGAACCAACUCUAUCUGACUUAGAAGUCGAAUUCGGGCCUGGGUUUGCAUCGAGGGACCAUGGCAGAGUUCCAAUAGAGCCAUAG